GCAGACGACGGAAUUCGAAGUAGACACGAGACAGACUAUAUGCUGCACGACACAGAACAAAACAGAGACUGCUAUACUGGCACUGGUCAUACCCUCGCUGUCUGCAGGGAGGACGCUAUAAAGAUCAUAAACACAUGCCCAAGGACAGACAGCACUGAUAGCUGCGACGAUGACAACUCACACCACAAAAUCAACAAGAAAAUCAAAACAGUGGUGAAAAAGAAAACGCGCACCAUUUUUUCAAAAAGACAGAUUUUCCAGCUGGAGUCUACAUUUGACAUGAAACGAUACCUUAGUAGUGCAGAACGAGCUUGUCUGGCUAAUUCCUUACAACUAACCGAAACUCAAGUGAAAAUCUGGUUCCAGAACCGAAGAAAUAAAUUGAAACGUCAGUUAUCAACGGAACUUGAAGGACCCAGUGCUGUUGACCAUUUCGCUGAUGCCGGGAAGACUGUACAACUACCAACACUCUAUAAAGAAAACACUCUGCUGGGUAGAUGUUUGUUACCAAUGCCUUUCCCCAUUGUGUACCCUGGAAACAGCACGCCUUACCUGUGUUUCUCAAACGCCAGCAAAUAUUUUAGCAUUUUCGAUGGAGAUUUAUGA